AUGCCUGUUGCAACGACCCCUCCCCCGGCCUUUGCGGCGCUUGAGUCGACCCCUCUCUUUGCUCCCUUUAAGCUCGGCAGCCUGGCCCUCAAGCACCGCAUCGUCCAGGCCCCCAACACGCGCAUGAGGUGUGAUGUCGACUCCCAGGGCGUCAACAUUCCCGGCCCCCGCGUAGUCAAGUACUACAGUGACCGCGCUUCCGACGGUGGCCUUCAGAUCACCGAGGCCACCGACAUCUGCCGCAAUGCCAGCGGCUACCCUCGCGUCCCCGGUGUCUUCACCGACUCUCAGCUCCAGGGUUGGCGCAAGGUAACGGACGCCGUCCACGCCAAGGGUGGCUUCAUAUACGUUCAGCUGUGGUACACCGGACGCGCCUCGUCUAGCGGCCUGCGUGGUGGCGAGACCCCUGUGUCUUCCAGCGACGUUCCCAUGAAUGGCAACUACCUCGACGGAACGGCUUGCAAGGACGGCCCCCCGCGCCCUCUGACGGUCGAUGAGAUCAACGACCUUACUCGCGAGUGGGGUGCCGCGUCCAAGAGGGCCGUCGAGGUUGCUGGCUUUGACGGCGUUGAGAUUCACGGUGCCAACGGCUACCUUCUGGAGCAGUUCCUCCACGACAACAUCAACAAGCGCACGGAUGAGUUUGGAGGCUCUAUCGAGAAUAGAGCGCGCUUUGUCCUGAACGUCAUCAAGUCCGUAAGCGAUGCGAUCGGCCCCGACCGCGUCGGCAUCCGCCUCUCCCCCUACAACUACUUCCAGGACACCCGUGACAGUGAUCCCAACACGCACUGGGCCUACCUCUGCAACCAGAUCGCUCUCCUGGAUGCCUCCCAUAGGCCCGCCUAUGUUCACAUGAUCGAGCCCCGAUUCGACGAGGUUCUCGAUGAGGAACAGAAGCUCGCAUCGCUCGACAAUGGGAAGAAGAUUACCAACUCCCUCAACACCUUCCGUGACAUCCUGCGUCCUUCUGGCGUUAGCUUCAUAGCUUGUGGAAACUUUGACCGUGACAACGCCGUUCCUAAGCUCAAGGCUGAGGAGGCAGACCUUAUCGCCUUUGGCCGCCAAUUCAUCUCCAACCCCGACUACGUUGAGCGUCUCAGGAAUGGCUGGCCCCUCAAUGCUUAUGACCGCUCGACAUUCUACGGUGCCGACCCGCUGGAUAAGGGCUACAACGAUUACCCUUUUUAUGACAAGGAAGCUGCCAGCAGCACUGAAUAG